ACACGCUCUGCGGGCCGUCCCUCGCCUCAGCCGUUGCCCCCUCCCCCCCGGAAGAAGGUUUCGGCUCGGCGGUUGUUGACAACAUGGCGGCUGUCGCUGCCGCCGCCUCGGUGUGGGGAGCGGGAGGUGGCGGCGGGACUGGCAAGAGGAAGGCGCCGCACGACCCCUGAGCAAGACACGGGCCUGGCCCGGCUCGGCCUGCGCCGCCAUGUCCUUCUUCAAGAGGAAAGUGAAAAGCAAGGAGCACGACAAGGCAACAGACGUAAAGGCAAUUAAAGCAGCUGCAACCCCUGUACAUUCCCCGCAGAGAAGCACCCGGAACAGCGCGUUGCUGGAGGCCGCCGGACCAAGCCAUGUGGCCAUCAACGCCAUCUCGGCCAACAUGGACUCCUCUAGCAGCCGUACGGCGGCUCUCAAGAAGCAGCCCAGCCACAUGGAGGCUGCUCACUUCGGAGACCUUGGCCGAUCCUGCCUGGACUAUCGGGCUCAAGAGACCAAAUCCAGCCUCUCAAAAACGUUAGAACAAGUCCUGCAGGACAGAGUUGCCCUCCCGUAUUUUAUCCAGUUUAUGGAACUGCGUCGAAUGGAGCACCUGGUCAGAUUCUGGGUGGAGGCCGAGAGUUUCCACUCCACCACGUGGUCCCGCAUAAGAGCACACAGCCUGAACACUGUCAAGCACAGCUCUUUGGCCGAGCCGGUCUCCCCCUCUGUCAAACGGCGCGAAAACUCCGCGUUUUCUCCCUCCAAGUUGCCCGACGAACAGCUGGAGGAUUCUGGCCCCCCUCGGCCUCUCUCUAGCACGCCGUCAGCAGCUGAACUGAACGGCCGAACUUUCAACCUCCGGAACCAUUUGCUGCUUUGUAGGGAAGGCGGCAAACCCGGGCUCCGGUUGGGAUUACCUGAGGCGGAGGACUGUUCCCUUCCAGAUGAGCCUCAAGACUCUUCCAAAGCCUCCGUGCCCAGUAGAAAUAGCCCCUCCUCUGCACUCAAGGACUUGUCAGGAAAACUCAUGAAAGGUAUAGAACAGGAUGCAGUCACUAUUUUCACCAAAUAUAUUUCUCCAGAUGCUGCUAAACCAAUACCAAUUACGGAGUUGAUGAGGAACGACAUAGUGGCAAAGAUUUGUGGGGAAGAUGGACAGGUGGACCCCAAUUGCUUCGUCGUGGCACAGUUGAUAGUGUUUAAUGCUAUGGAACAAGAGCACUUUAGUGAAUUUCUGCGCAGUCACCAUUUUUGUAAAUACCAGAUCGAGGUGCUGACGAGCGGGACCGUUUAUCUGGCUGAUAUUCUCUUCUGUGAAUCUGCCCUCUUCUACUUCUCCGAGUACAUGGAGAAAGAAGACGCAAUUAAUAUCUUGCAGUUCUGGUUGGCAGCGGAUAAUUUCCAGUCUCAGCUGGCUGCCAAGAAGGGCCAGUACGACGGGCAGGAGGCCCAGAACGAUGCUAUGAUUUUAUACGAUAAGUACUUCUCCCUCCAAGCCACCCACCCUCUCGGUUUCGAUGACUCCGUACGACUGGAAAUAGAGUCCAAUAUCUGCAGGGAAGGCGGGCCUCUCCCCAACUGCUUCACCACUCCGCUGCAGCAAGCCUGGACCACGAUGGAGAAGGUGUUCCUGCCUGGCUUCCUGUCCAGCAACCUUUAUUACAAAUACUUGAACGACCUCAUCCACUCCGUGCGGGGAGACGAGUUUGCCAGCGGAGGCGGGGCACCGACCGCUCACGGCCCUGGCAGCGCGCCCGACAACGACCCUCACUCCGGUGCCACAGACAGCGCUUCCUCUUCCCAGCCCAGCCUCAAAAUGGCUAACAUAAAAAUCCUGAAAAACUUUGACGAAGCAAUAAUUGUCGACGCCGCCAGCCUGGAUCCAGAGUCCUUGUAUCAGCGGACGUACGCCGGGAAGAUGUCGUUUGGACGAGUCAGCGACCUGGGCCAGUUCAUCCGAGAGUCCGAACCGGAACCCGAUGUCAAGAAGUCCAAAGGGUCCAUGUUUUCACAAGCCAUGAGGAAAUGGGUGCAAGGAAACUCGGACGAGGCCCAAGAAGAGAUGGCCUGGCGGAUUGCCAAGAUGAUUGUCAACGACGUCAUGCAGCAGGCCCAGCCCAGCCAGCCUUUGGAACAAGUUACCAAGCUAUGAUCAUUGAAGUUCCCAAGCAAGAGGGAAAUUUCUGCCUCUGGAGAGGGGAACUUGUGUUUCUCACCGGCCUCCUCCCCAUUCCAGUCGGUCGGCUCUUCUUUUUCCAAAGGCAGUGGAAACGAAGCACUGUUAACUUGGGACAGCUGAUGUAUUUCUCUCCCCCCAUCUUUAUAAGGAACAUUGAGGGGAUGGGGGACCCAGAUCUUCUCUCUCGAAGUGCAAGUUUAGUUUGCUGCCCUCCCCAGCACACAACCUAUUUUCUCCGAGUGAAGAAACACACCACUGGCCAAAAAGACCCCCAGCUCCGUCUGUGAAGGAUUGGUCACGGUGUUUGAAAAGUUGGACCAGGAGCUCGGUCUCCAUUCGGGGAUUUUCCUCCCGUCGUAGCCACGACCUUAGAUGUUUUUUUUAAAGAAAAUUCUCAGCCGGAAGGGCACCAGACACCUUAAUUCCGUUGGAGGAGGGGACGUGGCUGUUAUUGUGCGGUCCUGAAAACCGUGGGGCUGUUUUGAGUUUCUCCUUACUUGAAGUGUUCAGAACUCUCACUAGCAGUAGACUUUCCGAGUUUUGCGUGAGUCUCAAAAGAAGUUGGUUGCAAGCGACUGGCAAUUAACCAGACUUCUGCCCCCGUAUUCAAGUUUUUGCUCAUUCCUGGCUUCUGAAACAUUCGGCUUCCCACUGGCCUCAGCCUGCGGUGGGGGGGGGGGACCCCACCGGGGGCUAAAAUGCAGGCAGAAGGGAACUGCGUACUGUGCCCCCCGUCCCCCACCCUGGGGCUGGCUUUCUUUUUCUUUUCUUUCUCGCCUUGCCCUUAACUCCUGUUGAACCAGAACAGUAACUAUUCCUGGCUGUAUUUUUUUUUAAUUGCCAUUUUUAAAGCAUUGAGCCGCUGCCUUCCGUAGAACGAUUCGCAACCUUUUAGGACCGAUAGCAAUUUUUUUGCCCUACUUGAAGGAGCACUUCCAUUUAUCUGGCCCCCCCUGCAACGGGAAGAUAAUUUACAGGAGUGUCCAGAGCGCUCCAGGUGGAAGUCUGCUCCAGGUUUUCUCUCUUGCACCUUCAUUUCUGUUUGAAACUUUUCCCCCCUGUUUGGAGGAUUUUUUAAAUGCCUGUUUGGUUUUCUGAAGACUUGUGCAAAAAAAGAAAAAAAAGAAUUUGAAAUAAACCACCACCACCCCCUCAAACACUCCGUAUCUCCUGUAGAAUUGCUCUUGAUUUCUCUCCGGCUUUUCAAAAGUCUCAAGGGAUGAAGCAGCCACCCACCCUGUUGGCAAUAUUGGAUCCUAGCAAGACAUUCGGCAGCGGUCUGCCAGAAGCAAAGAGCUGGGUAUCAGUUUUUUGGGUACUGUGUACCACCACCUUAUUAUCUCAUGCCCAAGUAUUCAUGUACUUAAAACCAUAUUUAAUUGUGUUUUGAUUGAAAAAAGUAUAUUAUAUAUAUAUAUAUAAAUAUUACAAAUUUG